AUGGAGUCUCUUGGGAAGCUACAGCUCAAUCAACAGCCAAUUCGCCUCUCCGUCACUCACUUCUCUGCAUCAUUCCCCCAAAACCCUUCGUCGCUUCCUUUCAGAUCAUUACGCCGAUCAACUUCGUCCUUCAAAUGCGCUUCUAUCAGAGCUUCUUCAUCGAAGUCACAAGACCCGAGGCUCCCAGUUUUGCAGUCACUACCUUCCCGUCUCCUCAAAUCCACCUGCAUCACCUUCACCGCCGCAGCGGCGCUGUUCUUCGCGAAUCUCCAGCUCAAACCUCCGCCGGCGAUUGCGGCUCCUCUCGCGGCGACGCCGUCGGUGGAAUCUCUUGAACAGAGAAGCGGAGACGUUUCGUUGGAAGAAGAAGUGAGGUCGCUCGAAGAGCAUCUCGCUUCUCACCCUGAAGACGUGGAAGCUCUACGGUCGUUAAUGGAGGUAAGGAUCAAAUCUCGGAAGCUUACAGAAGCGAUAGAGGUGAUCGAUAGGUUGAUAGAGUUGGAACCAGAGGAGAAAGAGUGGCCCAUUUUGAAAGCUAACAUCUUUAGUCACAGUGGAGACUUAGAGUCAGCCAAGAGUGGAUUUGAAGAGAUCCUAGCCAAGGAUCCGCUUCGUGUCGAGGCCUAUCACGGACUGGUUAUGGCUUAUUCCGAAUCAGGCGAUGAUAUGAACGCGGUGGAGAAGAGGAUUCAGGUGGCGAUGGAGAGGUGCAAGAAGGAGAAGAACCGUAAGGACCUUAGGGAUUUCAAGCUACUAGUGGCGCAGAUUCGGGUCAUUGAAGGGAAGCAUAACGAAGCACUGAAGCUGUAUCAGGAGCUUGUGAAGGAAGAGCCGAGAGAUUUCAGGCCGUAUCUCUGUCAAGGGAUCAUAUACACGGUGCUCAAGAAGCAAGACGAGGCGGAGAAACAGUUUGAGAAGUUUAGGAAACUUGUCCCGAGGAAUCAUCCUUACAGAGAGUAUUUUAUGGAUAAUAUGGUUGCUACGAAGCUCUUUGCGGAGAAGGCACAGCGAGAGAUGGCUGGAUCAAAGAGUUGA